AAAUUCUAUGCCAAAAUGGUGUGCGCCAUGUUGCAGAAAUCAGACAAUUGGCGCAUAUAUAUAGCACACUUGAAAGCACCAGCCAUUAGCUUGUAUUACAGAAACACAAUAUAUAAAGAAUUUACCAAUGGGAGGUGUUUAAGGAGGAUGAAUUGCAGAAUGGUGGCUGCGGCAGUACUGCUGGUGGUGGUGAUGGGCUGUAUGAGGGUGAGUGAAGGGCAAGAACUUCCGGCAUGCGCCACAAAUGUGGUGCCAUGCAUGGAUUUUCUGAACCUGACCACAAAGCCACCGGCUUCUUGUUGCGAUCCACUCUCCAGAGCAGUUGUGAAACAGCUUUCGUGCCUCUGCAAUCUCUACACAACUCCUUCCUUUUUUGAAUCUUACUCUAUCAACUUUACUCUAGCAAUUCGUCUGCCUUCUCUCUGUGGUAUCUCCACUGAUCUCACUACUUGCCUAGGUGGUGGCAAAAAUGGAACGACUUCACCCAUCCCAGCAUCGUUAGCACCACCAGGGAACAACGAGGAUGACAACUCAACAAAAAACAAUGUUGCAAACUCAUCGGAAAACAUCGCCCACAGGAAUGAAUUGAGUGUGUUAUUACUAAGCCUACUCUUGCUUUGGGUUUCAUCAUCGGUUAAUCUUGUUUAGUUCGGAAUUAAGAAAGGAUUAGCAAUUAGAACACGUAUUCAAGUCUCUAGCUAUGAAGUCAUGAUGUACUGGUGCGUGUUAAUAAAUUAAAGAAAGAUUAUACAUAAAA